UGUAAAGUGACAAACCAAACAGAAUCAGGCUUCACAAACCCAACAUGAAAAUCAUUGCUCACGAAGUGAUCCUUUAUCCUUCUAUCAAAUGGAGAUGAUCCUAGUUUGUUCCUUAAGUAGUCUUCAUUUAAAUUAUGGUUUGUUUGUGUGGUCUUCCAUUCUAUCAAAGGAUAACCAUAACGAGAAUGACAUGGUGACUGCCAAAUUGGAAUCACAGUGAAGUUAUUCUCAUUCAGUAACAAACUUAGGUUUCUUUAGCUAACCUGCUGCCCUCUAUGCAACGGUGUUGACUCCCCAAAUCCCCGUUUUACCCUUGGAAGGAGACCCUGAUGUUUUAUAACAGAGAAGAAUCUAUUUUCAAACAAGACAAACCAUCCAUUGUUGGCUUGCUACAAGCAAGAAGCUCUUCCCUAAUUACCACCACCCCCAAAAAAAGAAGCUCUUCCCUAAAUUGGUAAAUGACUUCCAUACCUGUAUCAGUUUAUUUUCUCAUACUUUUAUAUGUUUGCUUGAAUCCCCAAGUCAUGGCUGUAGAUGAAAACCAGUUCGCAUACAAUGGCUUCAAUGGAGCCAAUAUUCACCUUGAUGGGGUUGCAAAAAUCCAUUCCAAUGGUCUUUUGCAGCUAACCAACAGUUCAAACAACGUAACCGGUCAUGCUUUCUACCAGCUUCCCAUAAGGUUCAACGCAUCUUCCUCCACAUUACCCCAGGCUCUAUCAUUUUCCACCCAUUUUGUGUUUGCCAUUGUUCCCGAGACACCAAAUAUUAGUAGUAAUGGAAUGGCCUUUGUGAUCUCACCAUCUACAGACUUCACCCAAGCCAUAGGAAACCAGUAUUUUGGGCUCCUCAAUUCUUCUAACAUUGGGCUCCCUUCCAAUCAUCUAUUGGCAAUUGAGCUCGAUACCAUUGAGAAUCCUGAAUUCAAUGAUAUAAACGGUAACCAUGUUGGAAUUGAUGUUAACAGCUUAGUAUCAAAUGUAUCUGCUACCGUCGCUUAUUACUCCAACAGGGAACAAAUUAAUCGGCGCUUGGAGCUUGUAAGUGGGAGUCCAUUGCACAUUUGGAUAGAGUACGAUGGGUUUGAGAAUGUACUCAAUGUAACACUAGCUCCUAUUUCAAGCCCCAAACCAGAUCAGUCUCUCAUGUCAACACAAAUCAACCUUUCUUCAAUUCUGUUGGAUUCAAUGUAUGUUGGUUUCUCUGCUGCUACGGGAGGAGCAGUUUCAGGGAACCACUACAUUCUUGGUUGGAGCUUCAAUAAAAGUGGGAAAGCACAGGGCCUAGAAAUUUCAAAGCUUCCUUCACUUCCUCCACUUCCUCAUCAAAGAAAACCAAUACUGAAACCCGGACUAGAAAUUACAGUGUCAGUAACAAUAGUAUUCAUUGGGCUGACUAUCACAAUUGCAGGGACAUUUUAUAUGUUGAGGAGGAAAAAGUAUGAAGAAAUACGUGAAUAUUGGGAAAGGGAAUAUGGCCCUCAUAGGUUUUCCUAUAAGGAUCUCUUCAAAGCUACCAGAGGUUUCAUAGAUGAAGAGCUUCUUGGAGCAGGAGGUUUCGGCAAGGUUUAUAGAGGAAUUCUUCCCUCCUCGAAGGAACAAGUUGCAGUCAAGAAAAUCUCCCAUGAUUCAAAACAAGGAAUGAAGGAGUUUGUGGCUGAAAUUGCUAGCAUGGGAAGGCUAAGGCACAGGAAUUUGGUGCAGCUCCUUGGCUAUAGCCGGCGGAAGGGAGAGCUGCUCUUGGUCUAUGAUUAUAUGCCGAAUGGAAGCCUUGACAAGUUCCUAUUUAGCAAUGAAAAGCCAAUCCUCGACUGGGCACAACGUUAUCGUAUCAUCAGAGGAGUAGCAUCCGCCCUUCUGUAUCUGCACGAAGAAUGGGAACAAGUUGUUCUUCACAGAGACGUGAAGUCUAGUAAUGUUCUAUUGGACUCUGAUCUAAACGGAAGGCUUGGGGAUUUCGGUCUUGCUAGAUUACACGAUCAUGGAGCAAACCUCGAAACUACCCAUGUGGUGGGGACAAUUGGGUACCUUGCACCAGAGCUUUCUAGAACCGGAAAGGCAACGCCAAGCACUGAUGUGUUUUCUUUCGGUGCAUUCAUACUUGAAGUAGCUUGUGGAAGGAGGCCCAUACAGCUACAACAGUCGCCUGACGACGUGGUUUUGGUUGAUUGGGUUUUCAAGAAAUGGAAAGAGGGAGUGAUUCUCGAGUCAAGUGAUCCUAGAUUGGGAGGAGAUUAUUUGGAGGAGGAAAUGGAGUUGGUUUUGAAACUAGGCCUGCUUUGCUCCAAGUCCGAUGCAGCGACAAGACCCAGCAUGCGGCAAGUGAUUCAAUACCUUGAGGGAGAUGUCCUGUUGCCGGAGAUAAUUCAUGACAGCACAAGUAUUGGUACAAUAGGUCUUGGUAAUGAAGGAUCAUCUGAAUUUGUCCUGUCAUUUCCAUCAUCCAUUGUGAAGUCUUCUGUUCCCUCCAUAUCUAGCACAGAGUCAAUACUCACUAGCGGUCGGUAAAUGUGAAAGUUUCCAGUGCCUUGGAUAAUGUUAGAUUAUG